UUUGACACACGACUCUGUCAUCCCUCACCCUGCUGCAGGGACCCUCUGACUAUCUGAUACAUCUGCAGCGAUACGGCUCGUGCUCAGGAUAGGAGAGUAGCAAACGAACGGAUAAAGACCCCGUGUGGGGCCUCAUGCGCACCGGGCGCACGUGAGCGCUGGCGCGUCUGGUUACAGCUAAUCUACCCCCGCACGGGUAUGUCAAUGAGCUGCAGUUUGGGCAUUCAGCCCUAAGUUUGAACCAAAAGCGCGAUAGACCGGGAUGUGCAAUUGUGCCCAAAUCUUAGCUCUUGCGGGUGUUGGAAAACAUAUACUUACGUAUGACCAUUGACUAUAUUGACUAACAUUUCACGUUUGCAUAUUCGUGGGCCGGCGAGUCCGUUGCAGAGCGAGAAGAGUCAACGUCUCACUUCAGCUGAGCAACACGGCAGUACCUGUUAUUCUCCGAUAUAAUGACAGAGACUCUGGCAGCUGCUGCAGCAUUGGGCGCUGCACCGGCUACGACUCCGCUGUCCAUUCCCGGGCGCAAAGCGGUGCUGCCGCCAAUUGCGGGCAGCCUGACAACGCCGGAAGAUACAUCAAAGUAUGGCGCGUCGGCUACUGAGGACCUUGCGACUUCCGCCACAGGGUCCACGGUUAUCCAGGACACGAAUGGGUCAGCCGAGGCCCCGAGCAGCGUCGUGCGCAAAAGCUCGGACGUGCGCAGGAGCUUUAAAGACGUGGGCAAGGCGAUCAAGGUGUCGCUGCGCAUGUCCAGUGGAUUCAACACGCUACGCGACAUGACAGCUGACGGCUCGUUGGAUCCAGCCUGCCUCAAGCCCGUACGGAAGCUGGGCGAAGGUGCCUUUGCGGUGGUGGAGGAGGCUCUCUACACCCCGCCCGUGCCCACACUCGACCUGUCUUCCCCCACCGACUCUGACAACAAUGCUGUCCCGCCGCUCGCCUCCGAGUCACCCACGACGUCCGCCAGCGGCGGCGACGGGGCUAACGGCAACGGAACCAACGGCCGCACCAGCAGCGGCCAGCCGUUGGUGGUGGCGAGCGCGUCGGGCAAAGCGCGCGCCGGCGCGGCGGUUACGGUUGCGGUGAAGCGGUUGAAACCCGAGAUCGUCAACCACGAGCAGGACCUUCAGUCGUUUCUGGCUGAGGCGGCGCUGAUGCGCAAACUGCAUCACAAGCGCAUCGUGCAGUUCAUUGGUGUGGGCAGCACUGACCCCAGCAGUGAGGAAGCCAAGCGCCGGACCAUGUUCCUGGUGCAGGAGUUCAUGGACGGCGGCACGCUGAAGAAGGUGGUGAGCCGCCAGAUGAUCGACGUCUCCCGGCGCCUGUACAGCUGCGCCGACGCCUUCCGCUGGGGACUGCAGGUGGCGGAGGGACUGGAGUACCUGCACGCGGCGCGGCCGCUGGUCAUCCACCGCGACCUGAAGCUCGAGAACAUCUUGAUGAAGGGCAAGGACCUGAGCACUGCGGACGCCAAGAUCGCGGACUUUGGCCUGGUGGCGCUGGUCCGCCCUCGCGCCCGCGCCGGCGCCGACUCGCUCCGCGCCGCCGCCGCCUCCACGCUACAGCGCGUCACCAGCCGCCGCGGCCCGGCGGGCGGCGCGGGGCAGCUGCUUCAGCGCCUGGCGUCCCGGCGCGGCCCCAAGCCUGCCACGCUGGAGGGCACGUGGGACGACACGUUCCGACACGCCACGCAGGUGCAGAUGAGCGCCGCGGCGCUGAACCCGCCGCAGCAGCUGUCGGGGCGCACGGGCAGCUACAUGUAGUGAGUGGUGGUGGGGUCGGGAGUGGGGGUGGGGUGGUGGUGGGGAUGGCGGUGGGGGUGGGGGCUGGGCGUUGGCAACUUGGGUUAUGGUGGGGUGGUGGGCAUGGCAUGUACUUGUGUGGGCGGGAGUGACAGGUGUGGAACCUGUGAGGUACGUUGGCGGAUUGAGUGUAAUCGUGCUGGUGU